UUUGUAAGCUAACUUGACGGAGGUGAUGCUCGCGCUCUUGCAGCUCUGAUGGAUGCAGAGGGGUAGAUGGAGGAGGAGGAGGAGGUGAAAGACUUGAAGGCGGAGAACAGAGAGAACGCGUCGGGCAGGGGGAAGGAUGCGGAUUAUGGUAGCCUGCCGGCCGCCCUGCCUGUCAGCGGUGAAUGUCGUUUGACACGAAGAUGCGCGGACGGAACUACGCAGGCCUGCAGUUUGUUGGCUCACGGAGGCACAGACUGUAAUUUACGCGUCGCCUCAUAUUGUCGGUGACACCGAGGAUUGCCUGGAUCAGCUGUGUGGGCGAUUUAUUAUUAUUUCUUAUUUUAUGCUAUUUGAUUUAUUACUUAUGCUAGUUGUUGUAGUGAGACAUUGUUGGGUUUCCCCUCCUCGAUGUGUCAUUUAACAUGAAGAAAACAGGAGUGAACGCAGAGUGACCUCGUCUCUUCGUGUUUGUGGUUUAACUGCCAUCAUGGUUUUAGCCGUCAUCUUAGCAUCCUCACCACCUGAGCUCUCCCCCUGGGUUGCUGCGGACUGGAUGUCAAACUGAAGCGAGUGUCGUAAAGUCAGACUUGAACACGCCGAAAUCAAAACUUUUACCCGGUUUCACCAUGGACACGUUACAACCUCACCGGUUAACGGGUAUAUUUAUAUGGACGACUUUAUGUCUGCUCAGCAGCGGUCAAUCCGCCCCCAACUCCUCGGGCCUGUCUCUAGCCAUCCGCGUGCCACUGCGGCAAGGUGCUCGCGGCGAACAACCACCGCCGCUGCCACCUGCCGCCUCCGCGAGCAGGAGCCCUGCGCGCAGGCGGAGAGGAGCGGCGGCGGGCGGUAUCAGCUUCGUGGACAUGAUUGAUAACCUGCGUGGGAAGUCUGGUCAGGGAUACUACGUGGAGAUGGCCGUGGGUUCUCCUCCGCAAAAGUUGAAUAUCCUGGUGGAUACUGGAAGCAGUAACUUUGCAGUCGGGGCGGCUGCUCAUCCUUUCCUACGCAGAUACUACCAUCGAUCGCUCUCCACCUCGUACCGUGACCUGGGCAGGAGUGUGUACGUUCCCUACACACAGGGGCGCUGGGAAGGAGAGCUGGGCACCGACCUAGUCUCAGUCCCGCAUGGACCCAACGCCACGCUGCGCGCCAAUAUUGCUGCAAUCACACAGUCAGAUCGCUUCUUUAUCAAUGGAUCUAACUGGGAGGGGAUCCUGGGGCUUGCCUAUGCUGAUAUAGCCCGGCCUGAUGAGAAAUUGGAGCCUUUCUUUGACUCACUGGUUCGCCAGACUUCUGUCCCCAACCUCUUCUCUCUCCAGCUAUGUGGCGCAGGCUUCACACAAAACUACUCCCUGGGCAGCGCUACAGUUGGCGGAAGCAUGAUCAUUGGAGGUGUGGAUCCAUCGCUCUAUGUGGGAGAGCUUUGGUACACACCCAUCCGCAGGGAGUGGUACUAUGAGGUUAUCAUCGUACGUAUUGAGGUAAACGGACAGGACCUGAACAUGGACUGUAAAGAGUACAACUACGAUAAGAGCAUUGUGGACAGUGGAACGACCAACCUUCGACUGCCUAGAAAAGUAUUCCAGGCUGCAGUCAAAGCUAUUGAAGCUGCCUCCUCGACCGAGCAGUUUCCCUCUGGGUUCUGGCUCGGGGAGCAGCUGGUAUGCUGGCAGGCUGGCACCACGCCCUGGCACAUCUUCCCAGUCAUCUCCCUCUACCUGAUGAGCGAAGUCCGUAACCAGUCCUUCAGAAUCUCCAUCCUGCCGCAGCAAUACUUGCGUCCAGUGGAAGACGUGGCCUCUGCCCAGGAGGACUGCUACAAGUUUGCUGUGUCCCAGUCCAGCACCGGCACAGUGAUGGGCGCCGUCAUCAUGGAAGGCUUCUACGUGGUGUUUGACCGCGAGAAGAAACGCAUCGGAUUUGCUGUUAGCACCUGCCAUGUGCACGAUGAGUUCCGCACAGCAUCCGUGGAGGGUCCGUUCCACGGGGUCGACCUGGAGGACUGUGGCUACAACAUCCCCCAGACGGACGAGUCCACCCUUAUGACCAUCGCCUACAUCAUGGCGGGCAUCUGCGCUCUCUUCAUGCUGCCGUUGUGUCUCAUGGUGUGCCAGUGGCGCUUCGCCCGCUGCCUGCACCCACACGGGGACUUUGCUGACGACAUAUCGCUCCUAAAGUGAAAGACGUGGAGGUCAUAUAAAGACCUUGAAAGCCAGGAUAAACGUGGACUGUGGUUAAAAAAUGUUUUAAAAUGUCGGUGCUGUUAAAACAGGAGCUUCGAAAAGAUUUUUCAGCUAACGUUAACUAAAGAAAAUGGUGACAGCCUUGCCGCCCUCAAGUGUUUUGCAAGAUAACUAAAGCCGUUACGAAAAAGCCGUUUUCAUCAGCAUCAACUUUGCCUGUUUGAGCUACCUAUGCAGAUCAGCAUGGCUAUAGAGAGCAGAUGCAGGAAAAUGUGAAAUGAAAAAAUAAUGAUUAUAAUAUGAUUAUAAAUAGUAUAUAAAUAAAUCGCAACGAUGGAUUUGUUUUGUAAUUUGGAAAGAUUUGUCUCUUAACAUUUGGAACUUGAGGAAAGAGCAUUUAGAAACAUUAAAACACUUUUAAUGAAGAAACUCACACGCCAGAUAUGAAUACUGGAUGGAGACAAUGUAAACAUAUGAACGUAUGAACUGCUCACUGUGUGUGUGUGUGUGUGUGUGUGUGUGUGUGUGUGUGUGUCUAUAGAUGUUCUGUUUGUGGCUUAUGAGUGAAUGAGACGGGUCUGAUACAUGUGAGCAUGCCUGUAGAUGUGCGCAGCUGUACUGUAAGUGAGAAGUGUACUGAGAGGUUUAACAAAAAUGGAAACAUGAUACUAGCGCCAAUGAAAUUACAUAUGCCAGCAAAUGAAUCCUGCAAUGCAAAACAAGUAUGCAUAAAGUGGCUAAUUUGAUGAAAUAGCAGACGUUAUAUUUAAAGUAUAAAAAUCGGUUUUGCUUCGUGUGAAACUGAGACUACUGAACACAGCAGAUGUCACUUUUUGUUAUUAUAUUGAUGGCUUCAAUUUAUCUAUUGUACAUAAAGGUUGUGCAUUCCAGAUCAUGUGUUUGCGCUGACACACACACAAAACACACAGAGCUUAUACCCCUGCAUAUGACUGCUGCACCAUCUGAUGAUUUCCACAUGUAACAAGAACACAUGACAAGCAAACAAACCAAGACUUUAUAGGGCUUUUUUCCACAAACACAAACUGAAUCACUCACCACAUCUUUCAAGGGGGACCAUACAUGUAUGCUUGGACGAAGAUACCAGCCCAAUGUAUGUUAUACACUAAAGAACACUAUGUAUGUCUAUAAGAGACCGUUUGUAUUGUCUCUGAACAAGGUGUAAAUAGGUCAACUCAGAACUGUUUAUUUAUCUGCCAGGCGCUGGCAGCACUGUUGAACCAAUAAAAUACUAAUUGUAACUGGAAAA